AUGUCCAAGAUUUCUAACAGUCUCAAAGCAUUGAUCAAUGCUCCUGCCGCCCGCCCAGCGACUGUGCCUGCCCCGCAAAACAUCGCCGCUAUCUAUCGAGUCAUUCAGCAGAGUGUCCGGACCCAAAAUGUCUCGCCGUCGUCAUGGCUGGCUCUGUCGACAGCUGCGACAAUGACCAUGAACUCGCCCGACUCACUUUCAGCCCUGUAUCAACUUGCUACCACCGGUCCUUCAACCGACGCAGUCGAAACUGCCGAACUUAUGCGUGAAGUUGGCCUCAAAUGCAUUAGCUUUAACGGCAUUCCUCGUACUAUCAACUGCCUAAAUUCCUUCAAAGAUAGUUUACCCGCUGCAGUCGCCUCCCAGCUCUCAUCCACUCCGACGCGAACCCCUACUCCGAACAACAUUGGUGCUAUCAGCGACCGCGGCCGUGCACUUUGGGACUCGAUAUACUAUCCAUUUGAAACGAAGCUAUAUCGUAAACUCGCAGAUUCGCAUCCGGAUUUACCGGUUCAUAUUUUGAACAGUCACUAUGGUGCCUUGCUCUCUGAUCCGGUGCGUGGUACCGGUGCCUCUGUCGGGCGGGUUCUCACCUCUAUUGUGGCUGUAUCCUGUUUGCGCGCUCAAUCCGGCGUUGGUCCACAGGUGACGUCUCAUAUUUUUGGUCUACGAAAAGCGCUCGAGGAUGGGACAUGGGCGAACGAUAGAGAAAAUCAGGAGGCCGCGCAGUGGUUAGCCAGUGAUGAGGGCAAUUCCUGGAUCUUAAACAGUGUCGACACUAUUGUUGAGGCUAUCAGUCAAGGCGCUGGGUCGACUUUUGCUCCAAGCAGGACGAAACUCUAG